AUGCCGCCGGCCAAGAAGAGCAAGGGGCCCCUGGCCUCUGCGGCGCCCGCUGGACCUGCCCCUGGCCGGCUGCCCGGUCUACCGUCGCCCGCGCUGUGCUGCGCCUGCGGCCUGUGUGUGCUGCUGGCCGGCGUGAACGUGACUCUGGUGGGCGCCUUCGCCUCCUUCCUGCCGGGGCACAACGUGCCGCUGAUCGUGGGGCCGGUGCUGCUGGCGCUGGCGCUGGGCUUCUUCGCCGCCUGCUGCGUGUGCAGCCGACGGGGCUCGGCGGCCCGGGCGCGCUCCGCGGCCACUGCGGGCCGGGGCGGCGGGCGCGCGGGGCGCGUGGCGCUGGAGAUGGAGAGCAGCGAGCGCACGGCGCAGGACACCACGGCGGUGCAGCUCAGCCCGGCCGUCUCGCCGGCAUCCUCCGGCCGCUCUAGCCCCGGGCCCGGCCUCUUCUCCCUGGAUACGGCCGCCGCCCCCGCCUCUGCAGCCAGCUACGUGCCCACAACCGUAGGGACCCAACUCAACCUGCCCAGGGAGAGGGCUGCCUCCUAGCGAGCCUGCCCCCACCCCCGCCGACCGCCUCCCCCGUCCAGGUUACCUCCGGCUAGUGCCAUUUAAGCCAAAACCAGAAAAUGAAAAAAGAUUGAGUCAUGGACACAGGUGGCCUCAU